CAUUUUGAUCGAUAUUUUGCUUCUCGUAAAGAGAAUAGAAAACCUUUCUUAAAAUUGUAGUUUUUAUAUUUUAUUCGAAAUAGAUCAUUCAAAACGAUGAUGUUGAACCUCGAAGAGUAUUUCAGGACCACUUUUGAGGACAAACUCCUCGUGAAAAUGCCUGAGCGAGAAGAUGAUCAUCUUACGCCAGCUACAAGACUCCUCGAAAAGAGAAGAGAAAUGAGUGAAGUUGAGCAAGCUUUAGGAGCCCAGAAAGAGGAAUUUCAAAUGAAGAUGGAGAGCUUGCAGCAAAGAAGAGAGGAACUAGAGAGAAAGGAGUAUCAACUCAAAGAAUCCCUUUUAAAGUUUGAUAAAUUUUUGAAGGAAAAUGAUUCUAAGAGAGCAAGAGCUUUAAAAAAGGCUGCAGAAGAAAGAGAAAUGAGACGAGCUAAGGACAGGGAAAUAGCAAGACUACAAGAAGACAUCACUAGUUUGACCAAAGAAAGAGAUAAAAUACAACACAAGCUGGAAAAGUUCAUUAUUUACCAACAGUAUCUAGAAAAAGUCUUAGAAAAUGCUGAAGAGUUCCAGGAGAUAAGAGAAGUUAUCGCAAGAUAUGACACAUUGACAGCUACACAUCAAGAUCUAUUGGAAAGAGAGACAAAGAACCAAGAAAAGUAUGAGAAAGAAAAAGCAAGACUAGUUAAAUUUACUGAGGAAAAAAAUAAUGAGAUUCUUGGCUACAAUAAUCAGCUUGCAAAUCUACAAACAAAACUUGAAAAUACACAAAGUGUUGCAGUAAAAUGGGAAUCCCAGUGGACACACAUCAAGAACACAGCAGCAAAAAAGACCCUACUCUUGGGAAGAAUCAAAAUGGCUACACAUAACUUGUUUAUGCUAGUCAAUCGACAUCUUGGCCAGACUGGUACUAUAGAACAAACAGAAAAACAAUUAGAAAAGAUUCAAGUAUUUAUUCAAGACUUGACACAAAUCACCAUGGAAAUUAAAAGAGCUGAAAAUGUCACAGCUACCUCAGCAAUGACUAAUUAUUAACCUGCAUUAUUUUACCCAAAAUAUGUGAUGGCCUGAAGUUCAAUUGUUGUAUAUAUAUAUGUAUAAUAUCAUUAAUUUGAAUUUGAAACCAAAAGAAUAAAUGUGUUUCAACCGAGGCCUUGUAGUUUUUUUAAAUAAUAUCUUAAGAUAAAGUGGCCAAACAAACUAAAUUAACCCUAUACUCUCUGUGCAACCCCAAAACAAGGGCUUGUUGGGAAAUGUUUUUUUUYGCCGAUGUCAAUCAAAAAAAUUAAAGGUACUGACUAAUUAGUUUUGAUAGAUGGUAGCAAAAAAAAGCAUUUCACAACAAGCUAUUAGAAUGUCUGAGUGCACAGAACAUGUAAAACUGCAGUAAA